CUUGUCGAACAUUUGACCUAUUAAUAAAGGGAUAAUUACCUAAUUCUACCUAGAUCUCUAUUUCUAUUCUUGCUUAAUUCUCGUAAAUUAAAAUCCAGCAAAUAAAUAAAAUAAAAAUCUCCUGACUAAAACCCUAAAACACAAUCCUCACUCUCGUUCUGGCAAACACUUCGUCUUCCCAACCGAUACACCACGUCGAGUGGCCGAGGCCAAACUCCAACGAACGAACACGAUGCUCUGCUCUUCAUUUCGCCUCCGUCUCCCCUCCCUAACCUCCUCCUGCUCCUCGCUCCUCCGCUUUAGAACCAGCCCUACCCAACCUCCGCUUCCGUCCCUUUUCUUCACCUACGCCACCACCACCGCCUCCCCUGUCUCCGACGACGACGACGUCGCCGCCGCCGCCGACCACCUCCCCUUCCCCUCCCAGGAGUCCGUCCUCUACGUCCUCAAGAAGUUCGACAAGAAGCCGCAGCAGGCCCUGUCCUUUUUCCGCCGCGUCACAGCUCGGCCCGGCUUUGCCCCCGGCCCCCCAGCCUACAACCUCAUGCUCCGCAUCCUCGGCCGCCCCGAUCACCUCACCGACUUCUGGGCUUUCCUCAGGUCCAUGCACGAAGUCGGCCACAACGUCGACCAAGGCACCUACCUCACCCUCCUCUCCGACUUCAAAAGGCACAAGCUGGCCGCCGAGUCCGCCGCGCUCGCCCAGUUCUACUCCAGGACUGCCCAGCAUGCCACCUCUGCGGCGGCCGUCUCCGCCGCGGCGAGAACCAUUCUCGACUCCGACGACUGGAACGAAGGCGUGGAGAAGAAAUUGGAGCUCCCGUUGACGGAGGUCGCGGUGGCUGGAGUCCUCCGGGAGGUCCGCGCGCGCCCGGCGCAGGCCCUGGCGUUCUUCCGGUGGGCCGGAGGGAGGUCGGGGUACGACCACGGGUCCGUCGCGUACAACGCCCUGGCCCGUGUUCUCGCCCAGGAGGACUCGAUGGGGCAGUUCUGGGACUUGAUUCAGGAGAUGAAGGAGAAGGGUCACGAGAUGGACAUCGACACCUACAUCAAAGUGUCGAGGCAUCUCCUCAAGAGCAGAAUGAUGAAGGAAGCCGUGGAGCUAUACGAGCUUAUGAUGGACGGGCCGUACAAGCCGGCGAUCCAGGACUGCGGCAUGCUCCUGAGGCAGAUCGCGCUGUACGACGCUCCGGAUCUCGAUUUGGUGUUCAGGGUCGUGAGGAAGUACGAGGCGGCCGGGUACUCCUUGUCCAAGGUGGUCUAUGAUGGGAUCCAUCGGUCCCUCACCAGCAACGGCAAGUUUGACGAGGCCGAAGAGAUCCUGAAGAAGAUGAGGCUCGAAGGCUAUGAGCCGGAUAACAUCACUUACAGCCAGUUGGUGUAUGGCCUCUGUAAGGCCAAGAGAUUGGACGACGCCUGCAAGGUGUUCGAUGAAAUGGAAGCGGCCGGUUGUACCCCUGAUCUCAAGACCUGGACAGUUCUGAUACAAGGGCACUGCACCGCAGGGGAGGUCGAUAAAGCCCUGGAGUUGUUGACGAAGAUGAUCGAGAAAAACUGUGAGGCAGAUGGGGAUGUUUUGGAUGUCUUGGUGAAAGGCCUGUGCAGCAAUAACAGGGCGGAUGCCGGCUGUACACUGUUCCAUGAGAUGGUGGAGAAGGUGCAUGUCAAGCCAUGGCAAGCGACCUACAAGCAUUUGAUUCAAGAAUUGCUGAAAUCAGGAAUGCUGGAAGAGGCAUUGAAGCUUCUUAGUUCCAUGAAGAUCCAUAAAUUUCCACCUUAUGCAGAUCCUUUCCCUUCCUACAUAGCCAAGUGUGGGACAACUGUGGAUGCUGAAGAGUUCUUGAAAGCCUUGACGGUGAACAACUAUCCAUCGCCUGCAGCUUACUUGCAUGUGUUCCAGUCCCUCUUCAAAGAAGGUAGGUACUCUGAGGCUCAAGAUCUACUAUACAAAUGCCCUCAUCAUAUUCGCAAGAAUGUGGACAUCUCCAAACUCUUUGGUUCAAUUAAAUCUGAGAAAGCUUCUUAAUUCCAGUGCUCCCAGCGCACAACAUGCCCUUGUUGUGAUCAAUGUAGCCAUUGCAUUGUCUUUAUCCUCUAUGAUCUAUGUGUACUUAUUAGGGAGGCUUCAUUCUCAAGGUCAUCAAACACCUUCAUGCAAUGGUGUCAGUAGCUGCUUGUUGUUUUGUCUGUUUUGGUUUCUUUCUUUCCUAUUUUUUCUCCAACAAUUUACUUACUUCUCUGAGCUUUUCUUUCCAA